UCAAUCAAUCAGACAAACAAACUGUUUGUUUGUUUAUAUUGUAUUUAUUGUGUUUUGUUUUUACAAUUUAGUUAAAUAUUAAUCAAUUGAUUCAUAAGUGAAAGACAACUAAACAAACAAUCGAUACGACAGAAGACCGAAGACAUAUCAGUCCUAUAUAUUCCUCCUCAGCGACGGACAGACAGAGAUGUUUUGUUUACAAUUUAGUUAAUAAUAAUAAACAAAACAAAAAUCAAUUCAUAAGUGAAAAGACAACUAAACUAUCAAUCGAUAGGGAAGACAGAAGACAUAUCAGUCCUAUUCCUCAUCAGCGACGGACACACAGACAGACAUAAUGUCGGCAAUGAAGAAGUGUUUAAGUCAUUCAUAUCUCUAUCAGAAACAAUACAACAACACCGCCGCCACCGCCUCCUCGGCAGCCGAUGAAGAGAUAAUCAGUUUGAAUGUCGGCGGCAAACGAUUCAGUACAUCCCGCCAGACGUUGACAUCAAUCGGCGAUACAUUUUUCACGGCAUUACUAUCCGGUCGGAUAUCAUCGCUACGGGACUCGUCGGGUGCCAUAUUUGUCGACAGAGAUCCGAAAUUGUUUGCCAUAAUUCUGCACUAUUUGCGUACCCGUCAGCUGUACGACAUCGGCGACGGCAGUAAUCUGGAUAUGCUAUUACAUGAAUCCGAGUUUUACGGUAUAACACCAUUGGUACGGCGGCUACAAUUGUGUGACCAACUCUACCGUAAGCCAACCUGUGGCGGUGAUCUACUGUUUCAGUCGCAUAUCAAACGCCGUACGGGUGAUGGCGAUUGCGGCGGCGCUACCGCUGCUGCUGCUGGUGGUGGUAGUGGUGAACCUGUACGACAAGUGGUCGCCCAUCACAAUGCCAUAGCCGUAGCCCAUAGUCGUGUGGUUACCUGUUAUCGACUGAAAGAUACAAUGGGCUGGCAAUUGGUUUUUGAAUCGGAACCGAUUGACAGUACUAUCGCUGAGAUUGCUUUCUACUAUAAUUGCGGUGUUGCCGGACUAACCGGACCGAAGCUAAUGUUGGCCAUCAAAGAUCAACGAUCUAUAAUCAGAUUGUGGUCUAUCAAUGUAUCUCAUUAUAAUAAUAAUAAUAAUAACAAUAAUAAUAGUAAUAGUAAUGAUAGCACCGGUAGUUCAAAUACUUGUAGCAACAAUACAUCACAAAAGCAAGAGAUCGGACGCUUUCAUCUCAAUAAUUGUCACAUAAACUCCAUGUUCUUCAUCGGCUCUCAAUUGGUGGCUUUGGGUAAUGAAAGAGGAAGAGUCGGUGUCUGGCAUUCGUCAUCUCAGCACUGGUUAGUACAAGACCUGAAACAAGGAACCACUGAUGCGUCGGCAAUAACCGCCUACGAUAAGGCCGGUUGUAAUUUUCUACUAUUGGGUUCGGGUUUGGGAUCUAUCUAUUUGAUUGAUAUGCAAAAGUUUCCGUUGCGUAUGAAAGACGGCGAUCUACUAAUCAAUGAACUAUACGAAGAUCCCGAAGGCGAAGAAAUAACUGCCAUAUCUUGUUAUUUGACGCGAACGCCGAAAACCAAUGGCAAUUGGGUUGAGAUUGCCUACGGAACUAAAGGUGGUACCGUACGUGUGUUAGUCCAACAUCCGGAAACUGUUGGUCACGGACCGCAACUGUUCCAGACGUUUAAAGUACACCUAACGGGUAUCGAACGGAUAAUGUUGAGCGAAAAAUAUCUGAUCAGUGUAUGCAACGCAAUGCACGUACGCACGUGGACACUGACCAGAUUUCGGGGACGUAUAUCUACACAACCGGGUUCAACACCGCACGCGUCGUUUCGUAUUAUUCGGUUCGAUGAGGAUGUCAUCGACGACGACACCGAUGAAGACAGAGGGCAGUCAAUGGCGGUAUCGAUUAGUGCCGGUAGUAGUAGUGAUACCAAUCGAAGCUCCUGUUGUUUGACAACAACAACAACUGCCGUUACCUGCGAUGUCGGUCCGUUCGGCGAUCAGGACGACGGCGACAAACAGGUAUUCAUCGAACGGUUCCGAACGCAGACUGAUUCGGCUAACGUUCUGAUGGCUUCAAAUGGCCACAAGAUCUGUACACUGCGUUCGGUAGACGACUCACUCAUUACAGCCUACUGUGUCCACGAAUGCGAAGCCGUAGCAAUGGGUAACCGAUCGCGACGUUAUAUACUAACCGGUCAUUCCAAUGGUGACCUACAAGUGUGGGAUCUGACCACUGCUCUUGAUUUGGCCGCCAAAUCGGGUCCACCCGACGGCAUCACAAAACAAUUGUUGUUAAACGAGUUGUUAAAGUAAUAGUUAGUUAGUAGUUAUAUAUAC